AUGGGCCAACAUGGGGCGAUUAGACUGCAGAAUGAGGUGGAACCGAUGGCAGUGGAAGUGCAAUUAACCGAAGAAGAGCAAUGGGCGGAGGAGCACCGGAAAAUGCACGAAAAGCAUCGGGGACACGAGGCGAUGCACAUGGAAAUGAUGCUAAUUUUUAUUAUUUCGGUGAUCGUCGGACAGAUUUUUCUAGUGACAUGGAAGAGGAAGCAUUUUAAGUCUUAUCAGAUGUGCACUCUCGUCGGAAUGCUCACUAUCCCGGUGUAUGUGUGCUUCACCCGAUCGUGGUGGCGAUUCCUUGCCACGUGGUGCGUCUUCUGCAUCUGCUCGGCGUUCAUUUGGCUCAAAGCCUCGGCUCAGCAUAUUAGUGGAGGCACGCCGAGAUUGGUCUAUAAAUGGUUCUUGUUUCUGCACAAGUUGAGCUAUGUGCUCGGAGUCGUUGGCUACGUUAUCAUGAUGCUCGCACUGCUCGGAUUUCACGUCUUCUUCGGUGUCACUCAGCCAACACUUAUGGAUGUUGGAAUCCUUUUCAUGUUCUACGGAGUGUAUUAUGGAGUACUUGGCCGCGAUUUUGCGCACAUUUGUACGGAUCGGAUGGCGUCGAGAAUUGGGUAUUACACCCCUGACGGCCUGCCCAAAAAGCACCUGGAAGACGGCGUUUGUGCGGUUUGUGGCGGUCGGCUCGACGAUUCGGAGCACGUGCAUGAGGUGGAAGUCAAGAGUCUAACAGGAGAGAGUGACGAUGAGAAGUUGUAUAAACUCUCCUGUGGUCACGUCUUCCAUGAGUGGUGUAUUCGUGGAUGGGUCGUCGUUGGAAAGCUCCAGACUUGUCCAUACUGUAAGGAGCGCGUCGAUUUGCAGAGGAUGUUCAAGAAUCCCUGGGAAAAACCCCACUUGUUCUAUGGAAAGCUGCUCGACUGGAUCCGCUAUCUCGUGUGCUGGCAACCGCUGAUCGUCACCGCCGUCCAGGGAAUCACCACGUGGCUUGGGCUGGAAUAG